ACCGCGGCCGUGUCCGGUAGCGCCACGUGUACGUAGGCGUGGACCGGAAGCGCCCUGCUGAAGGCUGCAGCGCCGCGCGUGUGGGUGGCUGCGCGGAAGUGGCCGCCAUGGAGCGGGAAGAGGAGUCCCUGUCCGCGCGGCCGGCCCUGGAGACCGAGGGGCUGCGCUUCUUGCACGUCACGGUGGGCUCCCUGCUGGCCACCUAUGGCUGGUACAUCGUCUUCAGCUGCAUCCUUCUCUACGUGGUCUUUCAAAAACUAACCACCCGGUUGAGGGCUUCGAGGCAGAGACAGCUGGACAGAGCCGCGGCCACUGUGGGACCUGAUGUUGUCGUUAAACGACAAGAGGCUUUAGCAGCUGCACGUAUGAAAAUGCAAGAAGAACUAAAUGCACAAGUUGAAAAGCAUAAGGAAAAGCUAAGACAGCUUGAAGAAGAAAAAAGGAGACAGAAGAUUGAAAUGUGGGACAGCAUGCAAGAAGGAAAAAGUUACAAAGGAAAUGCAAAGAAGCCACAGGAAGAAGACAGUCCUGGACCUUCUACUUCAUCUGUCAUCCCAAAACGGAAAUCUGACAGAAAGCCUCUGCGGGGAGGCGGUUAUAACCCUUUGUCUGGUGAAGGAGGUGGAACCUGCUCCUGGAGACCUGGACGCAGAGGCCCAUCAUCUGGUGGAUGAGGCUAAGACUCUUGUUAGUGUCGCUUUUGACAUUAGCAAGAUGAAUCCUUAACCCUCAAUUCAAUUGCCUUACGCAUGCUUUUCACAGUGACUAGCCAGGUGAAGCCAGGGUUUAUUUCUGUUCCCUGACUUACCUGCAUAUUUAAGGGCUUCAGUCAGCAUAGGGUAUAGACAGUGCCACUAGGCACUAGGUCAUUGAUCACAUCCCACUUAGACAGUGAUUGCAUCCAUUGAUUUCAUGGUUAAUUGGUAGCUGGUAGGUAAAGGCCUCUAGAUGAUUAACAAUCUUGGUAAAAGAGGCCUAGAAAUGAUCUUUUAAGUUAGAAGUCCUUGCUGAUAGGACAGUCUCUGUGACAGGUUGCGUUGAAUGAUGUCUUCCUUAUAAAUGGUGAGCCCACCAGUGAGGAUUACUGAUGCAGACAGUUGAUGGGGUUUAUUUCUGUAUAUUUAUUUUUAUGUACAGAACUUUGUUAAAAAAAAAAAAAGAGACUGUAAAUAUUAAAAAAAAGUGAGUAACAUUUUUAGCAUCUGUAUUAAAUUCAAGAAAAUUUCCUUAUGAACUUGAAUUUGUCUAUCAAAUAUUAAACAGCUUACUCACAACUUCCAACUA